UGCCUGGACACGAUAUCACGAACUCUAGCGUCACAGCCCUCCAAAGCACCAGUCACCGUCUAGCUAUGCUCAGCCUUGCUGGCCUAAGGCGCAACCGCAUCACUCAAAUGACAAGGCUGCCAGCAGAAAUCCCAUAUAAAGAUGGAGUGAAUGCACCCCAUAUCCUAGAAUCCCUAUGGCGAAUGUCUUAUAGAAAUUACUACAAAUCCCAUCAACGUAAUGGCGCGUCACUUCUUCUCAUAUCUGCACCGUACCUCUAAGCAACCCGUGACCCAGGACAUAACCCCUACUUCAAACCUAUUCAACACCUUAAUAUCUGAACCAAAUAACAUCCCAACACCCGGCGAAUGUGCCGUCCACCUCGAACUCCUUGAAGUAUUCCAUACCUUACGUACCCGAAUCAUCUACUCCAAGGAACUAGACCGUGUAUUCGGUCUCCAUCCCAGUCGUCUACGAAUCCCGGGACGUCGCAGUGCAUCACAAGGGACUGAGAAAUGGCACCGCUUUGUAUCUCUUGCCGUCGACAGAUUCCAACACUGGAUUCGUGCCGCAGAGACGCUGCUCGAGCAGGAUGGGAACAACGAAACACAUAUACUUCCCCCCGUCGACAUACUCAUGGUCUGGCACGCAUUCCUACUCAACCCCCUCGACUACAAGAACUUCUGCACAAGUCACCAACUCCACCGAAUCCAAGAGACUCCCUUCCCCUGGUCUGCCAUCCACACCUCCAUCAACCCAACAACCUGGUCCUACGACCUCCCUAACCCAAACAGCCAAUGGCUUGAAUCCGAAGCAAACCUACCAACAGACCUCCUCUACAGCCUCACACACCCAGCUCAGCCCCCACCAAACCACCCCACCGAAACCGAAUCUCUACUGCAAAACGUCCUCCGCCAAACAACCUUCAUCGACCACAUGCACGCCCACCUAUGGAUCCGAAGUCCCGAUAUCGAAGACCUCCUCGAUGAUGCCCGAGAAAGCUACAACGGCUUUGUAGAGCUAUUUCGUCUUUAUCCGGGGGUUAUACUGGUCCCGACACUUGCGAUAGAUUUGGUCUGGCAUACGCAUUUGUGUAGUGCGGAGAGGUAUACGGCCUGUAUGAUGGAGCGGGUUGGGCGGUUUGUUGAUCAUGAUGAUAAGUUGGGGAAGGGGACGUUGGAUGAUGGCUUUGAGAGGACGAAGGUGUUGUUUGAGAGGGAGUUUGGAGGGCGUGGGGGGUCCAAUGUGAUGGAGGAGGAAGAGGAGGGGGUAUGAGGUAUGAGUGAAGAUCGACGUGGUGUGGCUGUGGUAUUACCAUGGAUUGGAAUUAGGACGGAAGAAGGAAAUAUCAAAGUGGUUUUGAAUAGGGCGGUAGAGGUAUAUAGUAUAUCUGGAAUUUUGAUGUCUUUGAGGGUAUCCUUGGAGAUAUAUAGGAAUGGCAUGAACUUCGUUGGCAUUAUCGUAUGAGUACUAGUCGAUCACUUGC